GUUUACAGUGAUCAGGCACAUCAGCAGUCGCCUCAAUAACAGCACGCGUGUCAACAGAGACUCAUGGAUCAGCUACUAUGACAUUGUACAAUAUUUCCCAGACUUUCCUCAAACACAUAGUCUGUCACUGGUCAGCUAGCUGCCAAUGGACCCGUUCCCUCGCCGUGUCCCACAAACUUUACCCCUGUAGGGGUCUAUCGACGGACGGCUCCGCUCCUCGGCUGCGGAUUAGUGAAGACUCAAUAGAAGUUUUCAGCCAUGUCUACCCGCGAGAUGACAUGACCAAUGUGACAGCUAAAAUCUUAUCCAAAGUUGGCAGCCAGCUUCACAACUGGCCGCACCACCCCUUGUGGCUUAUUAAAGAACGCAUCAAAGACCAUUUCUACCGCUCCUACAUCGGACGCACGGGAAACCCGCUCUUCUCCGUACAUGACAACCUCAGCCCGGUGGUGACGGUGGAGCAGAACUUCGACAGUCUGCUCAUUCCUCCAGACCAUCCCAGUCGGAAAAAAGGAGACAAUUACUACCUGAACUGCACACACAUGCUGCGGGCCCACACCUCUGCCCAUCAGAAGGAGCUGGUGCGUUCAGGUCUGGACCGCUUCCUGCUGGCUGGAGAUGUGUAUAGACGAGACGAGAUCGAUUCCAACCACUAUCCUGUCUUCCAUCAGAUGGAGGGAGUGCGGCUUUUCUCAAACCAUGAGCUGUUUGCUCGAGUGGAGAAUGGUGAAGAGCUGUCUUUGUUUGAGAGCGGUGGCCGCCGCACGCCUCAGAAACAGGAGACGCACACGCUGGAGGCUGUCAAACUUGUGGAGUUCGAUCUGAAACAGGCUCUCACGCGCCUCAUGCGACACCUUUUUGGGGAAGAUUUGGAGAUCCGCUGGGUGGACUGCUACUUCCCUUUCACACAUCCCUCCUUUGAGAUGGAGGUGCGCUUCCAGGGAGACUGGUUGGAGGUGCUGGGCUGUGGGGUGAUGGAGCAGGAAUUGGUCUGCUCAGCUGGUGCUGGGAAUAAGAUGGGUUGGGCGUUUGGUCUGGGGCUGGAGAGGCUGGCUAUGGUUCUGUUCGGGAUCCCUGAUAUCCGACUUUUCUGGAGCGAGGAUGAACGCUUCCUCAAGCAGUUCCGCCUGUCUGACAUCUAUCAGCCCGUCACCUUCCAGCCUCUCAGUAAGUACCCACCGCUCUUCAAUGACAUCUCUUUUUGGCUGCCGACCGAAGGUUACACAGAAAACGACUUCUAUGACCUGGUGCGCAGCAUCGGAGGAGACCUAGUGGAGAAGGUCACGCUGGUGGACGAGUUCACACAUCCAAAGAUGAAGAGAGUGAGCCACUGUUACCGCGUCGAGUACCGUCACAUGGAUAGGACCCUGACGCAGGAAGAAGUGUGUAUCAUCCACAGAGCCAUUGAGCAGGCAGCCGCAAAAGAGCUCGGAGUGCAGGGAAGAUACUGAGCUCUCUCUCUUUAACCAUCAUGACAAUCUUCCACCUCCCGCGAUGAGAUUCACAGAUGUAGUCAAAUGUCUCUGUGGUGGUAAAUAAAAUGUGGAAACUCUCAGCAACAACUGCACUUUUUGGAGAAUCCUGUAGUUUCUUAAAGAAACACUUCACCCAAACACGAAAAUAAUGUCAUUAUUUACUCACCAUCAUGUCUGUCUAAAUCUAUAAGGAGAAUUUUGAAGAAUCUGUAUGUAGUUUUUUUC